AAAAAAGAAGAAGAAGACAGUUGGGAUUAUAUAUAGCCAGUGCAACAACUGAAAGUGUUCACAACCAAACACAUGCCAAAGGGUGAUAGAAUAUAAUACCUUUCUGAGUUUCUGUUAAUACUGAUCAGUGUUGUACUUCACACCCUCCCAGUUCUGUGCCUAGACUCAAUAGUUUGAAGCUAGAAUGAUGUUCAUAGCUGCUUUUGUUUGGCAAGCUCAUCCACUUCAGCUGCUACAAACAGAGACAAAUACCACAGCAGGCAAGUUCUAGAAUUUGGCUGGUUUGUUUCAAUCAAAUUUUGGAUAUUCUUUUUGGAUUAUUGUAUGUGUUUGCUUGGUACUGAUAAACGGGGUUUUAACUGCAUUCAAUGUUCAAGACCUACAAAGCCAGUGGCAUGGUGGGAUGGUGGAGAAAUAUAGGGAGGAAGGGAUGAAACUGCCAGAGGACAUGGUUGGCCUGUUCAAGACAAGGCAGGGUGGCUUUUCUUACUAUUGUAUUAGAGCUUCAUUCCUUCCCAGAGGCAAAGAGCCAUAGGGAUCUUCCUGUUCUUUUCUUGGAGAUAAGCAAAUAUGUUCAUCUACUCUUCCAGUCUUCAAUUCUUGUCAAUCCUUCUCUGCUCUUUUAUAAACAGCAAAAUGUGCUUUCUUGUUUCUUGGUCUACAUCUCCUCUUAAGAGUUAUAUCAAUUCAGAGCAAAAAGAGUCUGAUGCAAUUUGCACUGCAGA